GAAUAUGAUCGAAAGAUAUCCACCAGCGCAGGCAAAACCACAUAGUUCAUACUACAUAGAAUUGGCCCAAACAAAAAAAGUUUGAGGGACAAUACAAAGCCUUUCCUCGCGAGGGCACAAAGAAUUAUCUCAUGUGAUGUGGGUUUUCCCCUCCUCCCAAACUCUCCAACCACCCUUCUUCCCCGCCCACUUCAACUACCGUGCUCGUAACUGUCAAAAAUUGCCAGUUUGCUCCUUAUCCUUACAGCAUUCGGUCUCUACUGCUAAAGAGAUUGGUGACAAGAACAAGUUGAUUCAGUCUCUGUGUAAACAGGGCAACCUUAAACAAGCCCUUCGACUCCUCCCUCACGAGCCCAAUCCUACCCAACUCACCUACGAGCUCUUAAUCUUGUCCUGCAUACGCCAUAACUCGCUCUCUGAUGGGCUCGUCGUUUAUCGCCACCUCGUCGAUGAUGGGUCGGACCAAGAUCCUUUCCUUGCCACCAAACUUAUUAAUAUGUACUCAGAGUUGGACUCCAUUGAUACUGCGCGUAAGGUGUUUGAUAAAACUAGGAAGAGAACUAUAUAUGUUUGGAAUGCAAUUUUCAGAGCUCUGACUUUGGCAGGUCAUGGAAUAGAAGUUUUCGACUUGUAUCGUCACAUGAAUUGGUCUGGCACUCCUUCUGAUCGGUUUACUUAUACGUAUGUAUUGAAAGCUUGUGUUGCUUCAGAGUGUUCGGUUUCUUUGCUUCAUAAAGGUAAGGAGAUUCAUGCUCAUAUUUUUCGUCAUGGGUUUGAGGAUUAUGUUCACAUUAUGACUACUUUAGUGGACGUGUAUGCUAGAUUUGGGUGUGUUUCUUAUGCAAGUUAUGUGUUUGGUGAAAUGCCAACGAGAAAUGUUGUGACUUGGAGUGCUAUGAUUGCUUGUUAUGUGAAAAAUGAGAGACCCUUUGAGGCUUUGGAGCUUUUUAGAGAAAUGAUAGCUGAGACUGGUGAUUCGUUUCCCAAUUCAGUGACAAUGGUCAGCAUUCUGCAAGCUUGUGGUGCACUUGUUGCUCUUGAGCAAGGGAAAUUGAUCCAUGGAUACAUACUUAGAAGGGGACUUGAUUCUAUCUUGCCAGUUAUGAGCACACUUCUGUCUAUGUAUGCAAGAUGUGGUAAGCUUGAACUUGGGCAACGUGUUUUCAAUUUAAUGGAUAAGAGGGAUGUUGUUUCCUGGAAUUCGUUGAUCUCAAGUUAUGGGAUCCAUGGACAUGGGCAAGAGGCAAUUCAAGUUUUUAAGGAUAUGAUCUCCCAUGGAGUAUCACCAAAUCAUAUAUCAUUCAUUAGUGUUUUGGGGGCAUGUAGUCAUGCUGGUCUUGUCAUGGAGGGCAAGAAGGUAUUUGAUUCCAUGGUUAAGGAACACAGGAUGUAUCCUAGUAUGGAGCACUAUGCUUGUCUGGUGGAUCUUCUUGGCCGAGCCAAUCUACUUGACGAAGCAGCCAAAGUUAUAGAGGAUAUGCGAAUAGAGCCGGGGCCAAAAGUUUGGGGCGCUCUUCUUGGCUCUUGCAGGAUUCAUUGUAAUGUUGAACUAGCAGAGAGAGCAUGUAAAAGGCUAUUUGAGUUGGAGCCUAGGAAUGCUGGGAAUUAUGUGCUUCUAGCUGAUAUUUAUGCUGAAGCAGGUAUGUGGGAUGAAGUGAAAAUAGUAAAGCGGCUUUUAGAAGUUAGAAAACUACAAAAGGUCCCAGGUUGUUGCUGGGUCGAAGUUAACAAAAGAGUCUACUCAUUCAUGUCUAUUGACGAGUUUAACCCGCAGAGUGAACUGGUUCAUGCGUUGUUGGUGAAUUUGUCAUCAGAGAUGAAGGAAAUGGGAUAUGUGCCUCAAACUCAAAUCGUGCUGUAUGAUCUUGAGGAGGAAGAGAAGGAGCGUAUUCUAUUAGGCCAUAGUGAAAAAUUAGCUGUUGCAUUUGGACUAAUCAAUACUACUAAUAACAGGGAAACAAUUCGAAUCUCUAAGAACUUGAGGCUAUGUGAAGACUGUCAUUCUUUUACAAAAUUCAUCUCCAAAUUUGCAGACCGAGAGAUUGUUGUUCGAGACGUGAAUCGUUUCCACCAUUUUCGAGACGGAGCUUGUUCAUGUGGGGAUUACUGGUAGUUCCAUGCCAAGUUCUUGUUCAAACUUGUAAUUAUUUCCUUGUUGAGGAAAAAAAAGACAGACUUCUCUUUCUAUGUUGCAUACUACUUUAACGAAGUUUUGUUAGGCUCACACGUUGAUUCGAAAUCUAAGUUUUCAUUUCUUA